CUUUUGUGGAGGUCGGGAAUUUGGGCUUAUGUGGGUGCGGGGAGCAAAACAAAGCUCCAAUCCUCAAUCCCCUUCUUAUUCCACUUAUAAAAUCAGAGUACAGUAAGAAUUUUAUUAUCGAGAAAACAAAAGGGACGAAGAGAAGCAGAGUCGGGAGGGUUUCUUGACUGUGCUAGGGUUUUGGGGAGGAGCAAAUCAUAAGAAUUGGUUGUCAGAAUUUGUCACUUCUUUUAAGCAUGCCUUGCAAAGAGAACGACAUUGUUCAAGAAUCAAUGAAGGCCAUCUUCAAAAUGUGUAAAGGGGUUUCUAAAUUGCCACUUGCUGCUCAAAUUAUUAUCUAUCAGGCGGUGGCUAGUGUUGGGCUUACCGGUGCCGGUGCUCUAAUUGGUUUUGCGAAGCAUCAAUUGUUGCAAUGGUUCCAAAAGAGUGACCAUGAUUUAAAGGCAGAUGAUAGUGAUGUCGUCACAAAGGGCAAUGAUUUACAGGAAAAUGAUAGUGAUGUCGUCACAAAGAGCUAUAUGAGGUGUAUUAGGGCAGACAUACUUGAAGCUAUUCAGGAUACCUGUGUGCAUCUUGACCGAAGGUUGGACAACGUUGAGGCUAGGCAAAACCGUAUUGAACAGAAUUGUGCUCCAACUACUUGAGGGUUUGUUCUUGUUGAUGUUACUGCUUAUGUUUAGUCGUUCUUUGACAGACUUACAAAUUGAAUAUGAAUCUCUGUUAUGUUUGAAUGAAUCUCUAUGGCUCUUAUUCUUAUACUUGAGUAA